CAGGUUUUACCAGGAGACAAGUCAGGAUUGCCAUGGGAGAUCUGGCAAAUUAUCCUUGCUUGGCUUUCAGCUGGCGACCUCUGCCAUGUUGCAUGUGUUUGCAAGACCUGGACAGAGUUAGUUGUCAGUGUGGACUCCUCCAGAUGGAAAGAGUUGUAUAUGAAGUGCAGGUGAAGCUGAACUAGUUUUUGUUUUACGACAGUGGUCCUCAACCUUUUAAGUUCAAUGAUUGAACCAACCCUUUUGCUUAUCUGUACUUAUUUUAGUAUAUCACAUUCAUUAACAAAAUUGAUGCCCAAUGUUUGAUUUGUAAUUUCUAAUAUGCUCUUAUGUACACAAUUUUUAGGGACUACUGUAUUUAAUGUAAAUAAGGUUUGUUAAUAAUUAAAAGUCCUGUACUAAUCCUUUGUAUCACAAUUUUUUUACACAUUUUCGAUAAAUAUAAUAGAAAAAGUUAUGAAGUUAGACAGGAAGUUGUGAAAUGGAAUUCCUUUUUCUUAAGUUAAGUAAUUUAGUCUUUACCAACAAGGAAAUGUAAUUUCUGUGCUCUUAAGUUUAAAAUGAGAAUAAAAUUUGACAUUUAUCAAUAAACUAAAUGUCUAUAAUGCAGUGAAUGGCGUCAUCCCUUUUGGCCAUUGAAUGUUGACGCUGAGCCUCCAUCUUGGAGACUUGCCUACAGAGACCAGUAUAUGGCGACAAAGUUCUGGCGAAUCAGGCAACAUCAGGAUGCAAAGCAGAGUUCGUGCACUGCCAUUUUCAAGAAGCCUGUGCCUAACAAAAAUAUCCACGUGGGCCCAGGUAUGGGCCACGACAGCUUGAAUGCUGCCUUGUCCGUCGCCAAUGCCUAUGAUAGAAUAAUCAUGCACCCGGGGAUCUAUGACGAGCAGUACGAGGUGGUGGCCAAGAUUCCCUUUGAGCUGGUUGGUCAUGGCGAGCUGGGGAGUGUCAUUCUUGUGGUGGGCAUUCAGCAGCUGGCAUCCACAACGAGGCUAAGCAAUCUAGUACUCAGGGCCCCUUGGUUUACAAGUUUUAUUGUAAUGGUAAGUUUUGAUGUUAAAAUUGUAUAAUUACUCUUCAAGUGAACUUGAUCAAAUUGUCUCAAAUUAAAUCUUCACUUCCAAUAAGGUCAAUAAAUGACCAUAAUGAUUGCCCAUAAUUUUUAUUUUGCUUGCACUUUGACCCCUACAGAUUAACUCAGGCUACCUUCAAAUAGACAAUUGUAUUAUAGAAAAUGGGAUCAUCUGCCUGCAGAGCCCAAGCACUGUGCACAUUAAGUUCUGCACCUUCCGUCACACCACUGUGAUCCUACAGAACAUGAAUGCGAGCAUCAUUGAAAAUUGUGAGUUCUCUCAGAGCAGCAGUGCCAAUAUCAUCAUAGAAGGGCAUCCUAAGGAGUACAAAAGUUGGACUUAUUCCUUCCUAAGGGACAGAACCUAUGCCAUUUAUCAGCAGAACCGAUCGCUGCACAGGAAAAAGUAUGGCCUAAAAGCAAGUGCCAGUAUAACUUCUACAAUUCAUUCAUCUUUCACUGGGAAAUCCAUAACAACCGUCUUCUCUAAUCAACAUUAUGAUGCCAUAUCACAUGACCCAAGCUAUGGGUUCGACGAACCUGGGGCAUCUUUCCUUAAUCCCAGUCUCCUCGGGCCUCGAUACCUUGGCUCAGACCGGGAUGGAAUGGUGGGUUGUGGCGAGCUCCAGUCCAUGUAUCAAGAGUCAUUUCCUGUUGAUCAGCAGACAGCACCUGUAAAAAUGUCAAGCAGUAAUGCAAAAGGGAAUAGUCACAAUCCCGAUCUAUGUGACCACGACUCCACAAUCUCACCCGAUGUAAAGGGCAGCUACUCUACUCAGUGUAAUGCUGAAAUCUCCCCUAAACCCUCAGGCUCUCCAUCUCCUUUAGCAAAGAUUCACAGACGGUCCUCACUGAAGAGGAAUGACAGGCGCAAGAGUGUGGACAGUAGGGUAGGGUUUCAUUGUGUCACCAACAGUGGUCCCCUGCAGUCCUUCAGUGGAUCUCCAAGUAAUGAAUUCAAGAGAACGGAGCACUCCAGUGAAAUGGACACAUCUGACUUAGCAGCAAGUAUUGACAUCAGGGAACACAGUGGGGUACUUCACAGCUGUAAACGUGUUAGACACGAGUCAGGUAACAAACUGGAAUCUGAUAGCCUCAAAACUUUAGAACAAUGUCAUCUUGCGAUAGACUCUGCAGUGUUGUCUAUAGCGGGUGUUGAAACUGUGAAGAAAGCCAACCAUCAAAAACAAGAUUCUUCUAAAACUUUUCAGGUCAAUGCGUCAGGAGACUGUCCUAAAUUUUCAGAUUCCAGAAAUGGAGAGCUCCGUUCUAAAAGUUGCAAUCCCAAGGGGGUCAGGUCAGAAAACCAUCCCAGAGAAAAUGAGUCUUCCUCUCUUUCAGAGUCCCAUUCUAAUGAACAUCAUGGUGAUAAUACCAACAAUAACUCAACUAAAUCUGAGCCCCAACCAGGUCCCAGUGGUCAACAAUGUCAAGGCCAAUGUGGACCUGAUUCAUGUAAAGGUACCAAGAACCACCACCCAGCAAGUCAAUCUGACCCACCUCCUCACCCAAUCAGGAGGUCUCAAAGUGAUGAAAUUCUCUCAGAUUCCAGCUCAGAGGAUGAUUUGUCUACCCUGAAUGAGCUGGAAGAUUCUGCAUUAGAGGCUAGUGAUGGAGAUGGUGAGUAAUCUCUGGUUUUUCCUCUGCAAAUUCUUUACAUUUCAUUUUUUUACUAGCCCAAUAUGUUUUCUUUAGACAGACAUAUUAUUAAAAUUUCAUAUUAGUAAAAGUUUAAAAAAAAUAAUUUUAGUGUGUGAUAAAAAUGUUAAAACCAUGUGUGUCUGGAGACUGAGUUGGAGACUAUGUUGGGAGACUGUACUCACUGAGCCACUGGUACACCCACUGAGCCACUGGGACACCCACUGAGCCACUGGGACACCCACUGAGCCACUGAUGAAGCCAUUUUUAUUUUGAACUUGAUUUGUUUUUUUAAGGAUAAGAUUAAGGUACAAAUUUUCUACAGAAUUGGUUUGAGAGAUCUCCAUUUUUGUAACAAAUAUUUGCAGCAGAUGCACAGGAUGACUUAAGCAGCACAUCUUCAGACAGCAGCCAGGCCAACAGCCUAAACUACAGCAACUCUGAAGACAAUCUGUCAUCCAGUGAAGACUCGGUCAUCAUGCUGCCACACCUGCAAGAGAUGCAUGCUGACCAGUCUGAUCUGGCAUCGCUGGACAUGAAAGCUGAGGUGGAGUCCAUCAACAGUGAAUGUACCAGGCCUGUCCCAGUCAAUGUGUCUGAAGAUACACUGAUGAGGUGAGCCUCAGUCAAUACGUCUGAUGACAUACUGAUGCAGUCAAGAUAUGUUUCUUAAUCAAUUUUCACAUCUUAAUAGAUGUACAUGUGUGUGUAUAUACAAGUAUGUGUGUUUGUGUGUGUCUCUGUGCCUAUGAUAAACAAUUAAGUUUUUGUUCUAUCUUAAGAGUAUUCAUUACCAUCCCUUGUGAGGUAUAUUAGUGUGUUAUGUGUAUGGUAUGCUAGUGUAUUGUGUGUGUGGUAUGUUAGUGUUGUACAUUUGUGUGGUAUGUUAGUGUGGUAUGUUUGUGUGAUAUGUUUGGUAUGUUUGUGUGGUAUGUUUGUGUGAUAUGUUUGUGUGGUAUGUUUGUGUGAUAUGUUUGGUAUGUUUGUGUGGUAUGUUUCUGGUAAAUUAAUGUGGUUUGUUUGUGUUUUAUGUUUGUGGUAUGUUCAUGUGAAAUGUUUGUGUGGUAUGUUUUUUGAUAUGUUCAUGUGAUAUAUUUGUGGUACAUUAAUGUAGUUUGUUUGUGUUUUAUGUUUGUGGUAUGGUAGUCUGGUAUGUGCGUGUGAUAUGUUUGUGAUACAUUAAUGUGGUUUGUUUGUGGUUUAUGUUUGUGGUAUGGCAGUGUGGUAUGUUCAUGUGGUAUGUUUGUUGUACAUUAAUGUGGUUUGUUUGUGUUUUAUGUUUGUGUUAUGGUAGUUUGGUAUGUUCAUGUGAUAUGUUUGUGGUAUGUUUGUGUGAUGUUUUUUUUUAUAACUUAGUGGUGUGUUUUUGUUUGCAUUGUUGUCCUAAAAAUGUUUAAGUGUCUGACCCAAUGACAUUCAUCUUGGCACUAUUUGUCUACCUCAGCAUCUAUGUAGGUCAAGUUCAAGGCUGCCUGAUCCACCAAUGCCGAAUGAACCACAGCAAAGGGGGCGUGGUCAUCAGUCUGCAAGCCCACGCCAUCAUCUCGGAGUGUGACAUCAGCAAUGUGGGCUAUGGCAUUCGGUGUAUACAGAAUGCGAGGGUAAGUUCGAUUCAAAUGGUUUGUUUGUAAUGAGAUUCAAUGAUCACUUUCCAAUUCAAUGAACUUUCCAGGACACCUAUCUGAUAUUGAAAUUACUUAUCAAUUUAAAUAUAGACACAUUGCCAGUCACAAACACUCUGAAACCCUGAAUAGUGUCAAAAUAUUUUAUGCUAGUUUUUACAAGUUUUAUUUAACUUGAAAUUAUUUGUGUUCACACUUUGCAUUUGUACAAUUUCAAUCUUUGAGCUGUGCACACAUUGAAUCACAAUGACAUCUUCGAGCUGUGCACACAUUGAAUUACAAUGACAUCUCUGAGCUGUGUUAACAUUGAAUCACAAUGUCAUCUUUCAGCUGUGCACACAUUGAAUCACAAUGACAUCUUUGAGCUGUGAACACAUUGAAUCACAAUGACAUCUUUGAGCUGUGCACACAUUGAAUCACAAUGACAUCUCUGAGCUGUGCACACAUUGAAUCACAAUGACAUCUUUGAGCCAUGCACACAUUGAAUCACAAUGACAUCUUUGAGCUGUGCACACAUUGAAUCACAAUGACAUCUCUGAGCUGUGCACACAUUAAAUCACAAUGACAUCUUUGAGAUGUGCACACAUUGAAUCCCAAUGACAUCUUUGAGCUGUGCACACAUUAAAUCACAAUGACAUCUUUGAGCUGUGCACACAUUGAAUCACAAUGAUAUCUUUGAGCUGUGCACACAUUGAAUCACAAUGACAUCUCUGAGCUGUGCACACAUUGAAUCACAAUGACAUCUCCGAGUUGUGCACACAUUGAAUCACAAUGACAUCUUUGAGCUGUGCACACAUUGAAUCACGAUGACAUCUUUGAGCUGUGCACACAUUGAAUCACGAUGACAUCUCUGAGCUGUGCACACAUUGAAUCAUGAUGACAUCUUUGAGCUGUGCACACAAUGAAUCACAAUUACAUAUACAGCUGAAACUUUAAAUACAGCUUCAAUUUAUAGUGCAUUUGAAUGUUUCAAAAUGGCAUACCUAUUACAUCCUGACAUCAUGAACAAACAUCAUUUGAAAACACUGAUGUCAAUGCUUGACUCAAUAUUAUAUUAUAAUAUGUCAUGUUUAAUAAUUUUAUACAAUUAAUUGAAGCUGCCGUUUAGAUCGGGUGACAAUUGUUUCUCUAGAAUUAACAACUUAUAAAAUAAAAUAACGCCCUUAAGCCUAGCAGAUGAAAAAGGGGGGGGGGGGGGAGGUCGGGGUUUGAAGACUAAACAUUUUGAUUCCUGUUUGUUUUUUCAUAAAGGCAAAAAUAUUACUCUAUCCCAAAAAUGUGGCUGGAAUUUUUUUUUUUUAAACGGGUGUUGAAAUAUCUGUAUCAUUAUUGUAUGUUUCAAAUACCUUUUGAAAAAACAGUGUGUUUCAAACUGCUGUAUGUUCAAAGGGGUAUAUGGCAUUAGUUACACCUCUGUAUUACUGUUGUUAAAGGUCGUAAUACUCAAGAAUAAAAUUCAUCAUUGCCGCACAUCUGGGAUUUUCAUGCGUCUUGCUGCAUCUGGGCUGGUGGCAGGAAAUGACAUCCACUCAAACAAUGAAGCUGGGAUAGAUAUUCGCAAGAGUGCAGAUCCUCUUGUACAGGUAAAACCAAUCAAAUUUUUAUGGUUUAUUUUUGAAAUUAAAACUUUUGUUCAUUUAACGUAGAUUUUAAUUUUAAACAGAGUUUCAUUUCUAUCUACUGAGCAUUCACUCAGUGGUUUUUGCACUGUUAUGACCCCUAGCUCACCCCAACCCCACCCCUCCCUUGUUACAGUACAAUCAGAUUCACCAUGGCAAGAGGUCUGGAGUCGUGGUUCUUGGCAGCGGGCGUGGGCGGAUAAAGAAGAAUGACAUUUACUGCAAUGCCGAGGCUGGUGUGUACGUCCUGUUUGGGGGUAACCCAACCAUAAGGUAAGGCGGGUCUGAGGCUGGUAGUAACCCAACCGUAAGGUAAGGUGGGUCUGAGGCUGGUGUGUACGUCCUGUUUGGGGGUAACCCAACCAUAAGGUAAGGUGGGUCUGAGGCUGACAGUAACCCAACUAUAAAGUAAGGUGGGUGUGAGGCUGAUAGUAACCCAACUAUACGGUAAGGUGGGUCUGAGGCUGAUAGUAACCCAACUAUAAGGUAAAGUGGGUCUGAGGCUGAUAGUAACCCAACUAUAAGGUAAGGUGGGUCUGACGCUGAUAGUAACCCAACUAUAAGGUAAAGUGGGUCUGAGACUGAUAGUAACCCAACUAUAAGGUAAGGUGGGUCUGAGGCUGAUAGUAACCCAACUAUAAGGUAAAGUGCGUCUGAGGCUGAUAGUAACCCAACUAUAAGGUAAAGUGGGUCUGACGCUGAUAGUAACCCAACUAUAAGGUAAAGUGGGUCUGAGGCUGAUAGUAACCCAACUAUAAGGUAAAGUGGGUCUGACGCUGAUAGUAACCCAACUAUAAGGUAAGGUGGGUCUGACGCUGAUAGUAACCCAACUAUAAGGUAAAGUGGGUCUGACGCUGAUAGUAACCCAACUAUAAGGUAAAGUGGGUCUGACGCUGAUAGUAACCCAACUAUAAGGUAAGGUGGGUCUGACGCUGAUAGUAACCCAACUGUAUUUUUAAAGGAAAAAAUGGUGUGGAUUUAGCUCACUGUGAUUAUUGAAUCCAUUGAUUGCAUCCAUUGAUUGCAUCCAUUGAUUGCAUCCAUUGAUCAUAUUCAAAUAUUAAAAGAAAUAUUGCCCAAUCAAAAAUGGUGCCUUUACUUUCUAAUUAAUUUUUUCAGAAUAUAAAAGACAUUUUUCAAAUAUAGGUACUAUUACUCCUAUUGCUACUAUUGCUACUGUAACUACUAUUGCACUAUAACUACUUUUACUAUUCUUCAAUUGUUCACAAUUUAUUUAUUGAUCAAAUGUCUAAUGUUCUUCCAAAUUGUAUGCACUGAUUAAUGUAUUAGAAAUCUAUUCAACGGACAAAAAUAUUUUUAUCAUACAGUGAAAAUUACAUUUAUGAAGGGAGAGCAGCUGGUGUGGCCAUAAAUGCUGGUGGUAAAGGCUGCGUCAUUGGUGAGUUAUUCGCCUUGUCUUAAGGUCACGCUAUGGUAAUAAUCCUCCACAGUAAUGUCUUUGAUCAUCGAGCUAGACAGGAUAGAUGUGGGUAAAGCCCUUUUAAAGUGGUAGGGGGGUCACACCAGCGGAGAAAACUGAACAUUAAUCAAGCCACGGAAAUCGGCAUCAAAAAUGUUCAUAGUGAUAUAUUUUAUGACAUUUUCAUAGUGAUAUAUUUGAUGACAUUUUCAUAGUGAUAUAUUUGAUGACAUUUUCAUAGUGAUAUAUUUGACGACAUUUUCAUAGUGAUAUAUUUGAUGACAUUUUCAUAGUGAUAUAUUUGAUGACAUUUUCAUAGUGAUAUAUUUGAUAUUUUCAUAGUGAUAUAUUUGAUGACAUUUUCAUAGUGAUGUAUUUGAUGACAUUUUUAUAGUGAUGUAUUUGAUGACAUUUUCAUAGUGAUAUAUUUGAUGACAUUUUCAUAGUGAUAUAUUUGAUGACAUUUUCAUAGUGAUAUAUUUGAUGACAUUUGCAUAGUGAUAUAUUUGAUGACAUUGCAUAGUGAUAUAUUUGAUGACAUUUUCAUAGUGAUAUAUUUGAUAACAUUUUCAUAGUAAUAUAUUUGAUAACAUUUUCAUAGUGAUAUAUUUGAUAACAUUUUCAUAGUGAUAUAUCUUACGAUGUGACCCUGGCUAAAAAUGUAAGCCUCUCCCUCAGUUGUGUCUCGGUGACCUUGACCCUUCAUGUUUAUGGUUCUUGUAUUCAAACAGACAAUGUCAUAAGGGCCAACAAGUGGGGAGGUAUUGACAUUAGAAAUGGCAGCUGCCCCCUCAUCAGCGGCAACACCAUCACCAAUGGUGUCAGUGACGGCAUCGUUGUGGGGACUGGUGGCAGAGGGAUCAUUGAAAACAACUUCAUCAGCGGUGAGAAGUUUCAAAUAUUGGCAUUGUCGUAUGACACCCCCACCCACCCACACGUACACACUACAUUUCAUUUAGUGUAAGGGAAUAAGUUGUAAUGGAAUAAGUUGUAAGGGAAUAAGUUGUAAGGGAAUAAGUUGCGAGGGAAUAAGUUGUAAUAAGUUGUAAAGGAAUAAAUUGAAAGGGAAUAAGUUGUAAGGGAAUAAGUUGUAUGGGAAUAAGUUGUAAGGGAAUAAGUUGUAAGGGAAUAAAUUGUAAGGGAAUAAGUUGUGAGGGAAGAUAUUAAAUCAUUUAUUUAGAUAGCACUGUGUUACGCUUUUGUUUCUCCAAUAUAAAAUGACAGUUUUGCUUUCUGACCAUUUUAUUCUUCUUUGGAAUAUAAGAUAACUGUUUGUCUGCCCACCAGGCAAUGCUGGCUGUGGGAUGUGGCUGCUGACCGCCAGGGAUCUGUACAUUCACGGCAAUCAGAUUUGUAACAGCGGACAUUGUGGGAUCAUGUUAGUGGACAUGAAUGUGAGUUGA